UUUAAGUCUUAGUCUUGCCGGUUUAAUUGUCGCGAGUGGUCACAAUUUCUCGAGCGCAAAGCGUAACAGACGAUAAAUAUUUGCUUUCGGUUAUUAUCUGCUCUGCUCACCAUUAGCUGUCCGUUAUCAGUAGAUAAAUUCGCGAUAAGUGAUUUGUGAGUGCAGUUUUUUGACGGUUUUGGGUAACCAGUUGAAGCAAACCAACGACUCGGAAAGGUGUGUGUGAUUGAUAAGAAAUUAAAAUUUGUGAGAAGGUGCCUCAGCUCCAGUUCGCCGCCCAGCAAUGUGAAUUCUUGCAUGAUCUGUCCAUCUCACGAAGCAGACUCACUGCCCCAGGGCUGCCCUGUAAAAUAGCGUCGUCGCGUCCCGGUAGCCCAUGAAGCGAUGAAAUCAUCCGUGCCUGUGUGAACAAAGUGGAAGUGUUAAAAAGUGAAAUUGACAACAUCGAAAAAUCCACCGUGUGACCACGUGUGUGAUCAGUUUGGCUUCGAGUCUAGAGUGUACAAAGCAAGCGUUAGACACGCUAAAUGGGGUUGAAAAUGAAGAAAUCAGCCGAAAUGUCUGUGAUAUUAGUGUUAUUAGUGCUCUUGCCGGUGAUCAAGGUGAACGGAUUUAAUCUGUCACCACAGCCCAACUAUGUGUUCAGAGAACCAGCCCUCAAUAUUUACAUGAACAAGGUGCGUUCGUCUUUGUUUGGAUUCUCGCUGAACCUGCGGCCUGGAGGACUUAUUGUCGGCGCUCCUCGUGCCCAGUCCAACCUGGCAUCGCAGCGGAAAAUCAAUGAAACCGGUGCCAUAUAUAAGUGCCACUAUGAUGAUGGAGAGUGUGCUCCGUACUACUUCGAUCGCAACGGAAAUACCAACAACGAAAACGAACCCUUCGCUUACAGUUCCGAGAAGAAGGACUACCAGAUGCUUGGGGCCGCCAUGGAUGGUCACGGUUCUGAUGGCGACCAGUUUGUUGUUUGCGCACCGAAAAUCGUAAGUGAACUAGUGGACUACUAUCUGCUGCACGGUAUCUGCUACCUAACCGAUGGAACAGAAUUGAAUGAGCCCAAGUCCAUUCGACCCAUCUAUCCGCUGCGCGUUAAAGAUAAACAACUUUAUAAAGAUAAGUACACGGGCCUCCAGUCCUAUAACUAUAUGUACGGUGAGCAAGGUCUGAGCGUACAUAUUACGGAUGACAACGAGGAGAUUCUAAUCGGUGCUCCAGGUGUGUUCAAUUGGCGCGGUACGGUUAUUCGUUAUAGACGGCAAGUCAAUGAGGAUAUGGGAGGAUUGAGCAGAAGAGAUGAUCGCCAGAAAGGGCAGGAGCGCCCUAAGCGACAGAUCAUCAGCUAUGUGACCGAUGUGCCGAAUCCGUACUUCACUGCGCUGGAAGAUGAUUCUUAUUUUGGCUAUUCUGUGAGUUCAGGAUUCUUCCAAGAUAAAACAAAAAUACUGUACGUGGCUAGCGCACCACAAAUGCGGGUACAAACUGGCGAGGUGUACAUAUUCGAUAUCAUUAACGCUGACACGUUCCGUGAAACGCAGAUCAAGAUUUUGUACACUUUUCCCGGACAACAGCAGGGAGAGUAUUUUGGAUAUGCUUUACUGACGGAAGAUUUCAACGGAGAUGGGCUUCCAGAUUUAGCCAUUUCAGCGCCGAUGCAUAGUAAAAACUCCGAACAGGAAAAUGGAGUAGUGUACGUUUACCUGAAUGAGGGUGAACUGAGCUUCAAUCUUCAGGCGGUACUUUCCUCGGAAUAUGAACUCGGUGGGCGAUUUGGAAUAAGCUUGGCAAAGGUGGGAGAUUUGAACAUGGACGGAUAUAAUGAUAUCGCCAUUGGUGCUCCAUUCGAGGGCAACGGUGUAGUGUACAUUUACCAUGGCUCACCAAACGGUUUACAAUCGAAACCAUCUCAACGGUUGCUUCCUCCGGAAAAUGAACUCAUGGACCCGACAACGCAACCCAUGUUCGGUCAUGCCAUUUCACGAGGCUCUGAUAUUGACGGCAAUGGUUAUCGUGAUCUCGCGAUAGGAUCACCCAACUCAGAAACUGUGUACGUGUAUAAAACUUACCCGGUAGUGCGAGUUUUUAGUAUUAUCACAUCUUCGAAGCGAGAACUGUCACCAGAGGAUACGGCGUUCCAGCUGACGGCAUGCUGGCGGUACGAAUCCACUACCAAUAUUCAGCACGAUGUCGGAUUCAGCUACUCGUUAAAAGUGGACGCCCAGAAUGGCAGAGCCCAACUCAGCGAUGGCCAGAAUGUGCUGAACGGCACAGGUAAAAUAAACUACGAUGACUUUUGCCAGGAGUUCGACGUGCGAGUUAAGCCUUCGUUUGCGGACAUCUACAAACCGAUUUCCAUUGAGUUUUCAUACAAAGUUCUGAGCAACAUUCCAACGAACAGCGAGUUUUGCGAGACUUGCGUCAUGGCAGAUCCGAACAUUCCGAAUACGGUCUAUGAGAAGUUGUCCUUCAAAACGGGUUGCGCAGGCGAAACAUGCGUUGCAGAGUUGAAGCUGAAAAGCUCGUGGCUGGAUAUCAAGUCACCCUAUAUUAUCGGCAGUGCUAGAACAGCUUCGCUACAGUACGAAGUGGAGAAUUCUGGGGAAAAUGCCUUCUUGCCGCAGCUGAACGUUACACUUCCUUCGAUGCUAUCAAUGGCCAAGCUUCCGUCAUACUGCAAACAGAAUAACCUCAACGAAGGGUUUAAUCUUUUGUGUGAUCUCAACAACGGGCUUCCGCUUCGGACAGACGCUUCGACGAAAAUGACACUUGUACUGGAUGUGACUAAAAUUGAAGGUACUACAUUUUCAAUAGAAGCAGAGGUGUUCAGUACAAGUGAAGAAACCAACCAUGACGACAAUGCUCUGUUCACAACAGUCCAGCUCCAAGAGUUCAGCGAAAUUGAAGUUGUCGGCAAAGCGUCAGUAACUGAAUUGAACCUGGAAACCCAAACUGGAAAAGUGAACGUGACAUACCAAAUCCAAGUAAUGAAUAACGGACCGAGUAGUCUGCGGGAUCUUACAUUCACUUUGAAGGUACCUCUGAAAUAUUACAAACCAAGCUCAACAGACAUCCUGAAUAUAAUCAACUUCAACGACAUACAAACUACCGGAUACUACAACUACAAACAUCUAGAUUUCACGUGGACCCAAAACAAUGUGAUCCUCGUACCGAAUGUUAAAGAGUACUCUACGCAACCGCCGGAGGUAGACAACCUCUACAAACAGUCGAUGGAUUUCGACCUUCUCUCGUCUUCUUCUCACCAGGAUUCAAUGACUGACAGCAACAGUUUCUCAACUAGACGUCGUCGCUCUAUCGAAUCGCAAUACAACCAUUACACCAAUCAACUAUCCCAACACUCGAGGGUGCGCCGAAGUCUCGCCACCGUCAAUCCAGCCAUCCUAACCGGAUUGCCCGAGAAUCGCACCCUGUUCUUCCACUGUGACCAGGAGGCGGUUCAGAUCGAGUGCGCCGAUGUUAGCGUGCAGGUGGCCAACUUCAAACCGGGCAACAUUCCCAUCGUGAUCAACAUGCAGUUCGAGCUGGAUCUGGACCUGGUGGCGGUGAGUUUUCUGGAGCGCGAGGACAUCUUCGCGUUGCAGAUUCUGUCCCAGUUGCAUAAACUGGAGGAUGAGGGCGAGGUGGGAUUCUCCGUGGCCAAGAAUAAUCCCUUUACGGUGGUUUAUAAGCACUUGGAUGCCAGUACGCCGAUAUGGGUGUAUAUCGUGUCAGCCAUUGGAGGACUGCUGGUGCUUGUUCUGAUUUCGUAUGGCCUUUAUAAGGCCGGAUUCUUCCAGCGGGCCACGAAGGAGGAGAUCGAGAAGCUCCAUCGGGAGAGUGUUCGAAUGAAUCAACCACAGGACACCGAUGAUGAUAACUAGUAGCCACGAGACGUUUUUGUUCCUGCGGCAUGUAUGUAAAUAUCAUACCACAAGCCAUACACAAGACAACCGAAUGCAUUACCAAACGUACGAAAUUGUACGAUUAGCCAGUUAGUGAGUUCAAACCAUUACGAUAAGACUUUGAUAGCUGUAUAGUUUAGAAAUUAAUUAGGAUUAGGCCAAUGCCAUGUAAAGUCAUUAUAUUUUAAGAUCAGACCAUCACUUACGCGGUUAAGGUUAUUUAUUUGACCAAACGUUAGAUAUCUUUUCGGAAUGCAAUAAAACGCACCCAGCCAUAUCCUGUAUGGAGCAAUAAAAACAAAA